AUUCAAACCCGAACGCUCCAAAGCGAACCAUCGAUAAACCCACUUCACUCUCUCCAACUCUCCCCUAAAACCCUAACAACGGCUCUCUUCAAUCUCCCAUGGCUCUCCAUCUCGCCAGUCCCAAACGCCGAUCCCUGACCAACCCUUCUCUCUUCCACCUUUUAUCCACUUUCUCAAAUCACCCAAACAGCGAAAUCACCAAUUCUACCGACAGCAACAGCCCGGGCAAUGGCUCCAGCAGCGAUAAUCCCUCUUUAAUCUCUUCUUACUUCAGCGAUGUCAAAGCUGGCCUCAAACAUCAAUCAAAUGAAAGACCCACUUCCCCCUCUUCACGAAACCGCGCAAAUCCUUCCAUUCCCACUCCCAAAACCACCCCCAUAAGCUCAUUCGUAGCGGAAAUCCGCAAGAAUCUUUCCGAUUACCGCGAACGAUCCGCCGUGCCACCUCCUACUGAAUCCUCUGCUAUACCUUCACAGUCAGGGCCCCAUAUUUCAUUCCAAGAAUUAUACAAAAGAAAUGCCUCAGCAAAACAAGGGGAUUCCAAUGUAAACCCUGCCAGUUCCGGUCCUGGCCGGAAAUUGGGAUUUGAAACCAUAAGGGAAAGUCUAGGGCAAAUUAAAAAGAAACCCGGGGCGACUAAUGUGGAGGAUAAAGCCGGGCCGUUUUGGUCUUUGUCUCAUUAUAAGGAUAGUUUUAAGUUGAAGCCUUCAGAAGGCAAUGUGGUUUAUCCGGUGAUUGGUGGGACAGAGCUGCCAAAGUCAGUUUUUGGGAGGGAGAUGACGGAGAGGACCAAGGAAGGGGAGGCUGCGAUGAAGACGGAGUUUGUUAAGAUGUACAGUUAUGGGGAGUUGGGGAUGAGGUUGAAGCAGUUGCGGCCGGAGAGGAAAGGAGGGGAAGGAUGGUUUUCCCUGCAGGAGUUGAAUGAAAGGUUGAUGAAGUUGAGGGAGAUGGAUGGUAAGGAGAGUGAGUCACGGAUUGGUGAGUCUUUUAAGGAUUUGCGGGAAAGCUUGUAUAAGAUUAAGAGGGCUGAUGAUGAGAAACAGAAAAGGUCCAUGAUCCAGAGAAUUGAUAUUUUGGACCACUUGGGUAGAACUCCUAAUUUUAUGUUGCGCCCUCCAAAGGAGCAUUUAGUUGAAAAGUAUUUCCAUCCAGAUAACAUGUCUUCUGCUGAAAAACUGAAAAUUGAGCUUGCAAAAGUGAGAGACGAAUUUAAGAUGUCAGAGUCAGACUGUGGAUCUGCACGUGUUCAAGUGGCACAACUCACAACCAAGAUCAAGCAUCUAUCAUCAGUUCUGCAUAAAAAGGAUAAGCACUCAAGGAAGGGUCUUAUAGCGAUGGUGCAGAAGAGGAAGAAGUUGUUGAAGUAUCUGCGUAGAACUGACUGGGAUUCCUACUGUCUUGUUCUCUCAAAGCUUGGUCUCAGGGAUAAUCCAGAUUACAAGAACUAGAAUGGUCAGCAAGAGAAGAGCUAGAGUAGAAAACUUUCAGAACCAGAGUACACAACUAUGUAACAUCUUUUCCUUAUACCUGCCUAUAUGAAAUUCAAUGAGGUUGAUGGACAAUUUUUCAGCUAGAUGGAGGAAAAAUUCAAUUGAAUUUUUUUCUUUUUACAUCCUUGGUUUUUGAGACACAUUCUAUGCCUGUAGGAAAUGAUUGUAAGAUUAUUUGAGUUCUGAAUUAACAGCCGAAGUAUGUAGGGGAAGUGCUGGAGAAAUUGUUCAUAUGUUUCUUUCAAUAAAAUCCUAUUUCAAGAA